AUGCGCAAGACACUCCCAGCAAGGAUUGCCCUACCUGGACACAGUCCAGAUAAUGCUUCAGUUUGGAUCAACGAUGACAUUCGGCCUCUCCCUCCGUCUCGACGCCUCUGGGACAGUUGGGCCUUCGUCUCCUACUGGGCCGUUGCUCAACUGUCCAUUUCCAACUUUUCACAAGCUGCUUCACUCGUGGCAAUAGGACUUUCCGUAUGGCAGGCGAUGAUCGCAGUCAUACUUGGUCGCAUUAUUACGGCAAUUGUUGCAGUCUAUAACGGUGCCAUCGGCGCUGAAUGGCACAUAGGCUUCCCCGUCCUCUCGCGUGCUGUCUGGGGGAUAUAUGGCUCCUACGUGCCUAUCAUACAGCGCAUAGUGCUUGCCUUUACAUGGUUUUCGGUUCAAGCAUGGUUUGGGGGACUUUGUGUUACCUCCCUGCUGAGCGCAUUGUCUUCAACCUUCCAGAAUAUGAACAACACAUUACCACUUUCUGCCAACCUUACAACGAAGGAACUGAUUGGCUGGGUUGUUUACAACAUCAUCUCCAUUCCGAUCCUCUAUGUGCGCCCUGAGAAGACCAGAUACAUGCUCUUUGGCAUGAACAUCGUAUCCAUGGUUACCCUUGUCUCUAUGACAAUCUAUCUUCUGGGUGCAGCACAUGGAGGAGGUCCGCUACUUUCUGCACCAGCAGUGGUUACAGGAAGCUCAGGUCUCGGAUGGGCUGUCGUCCAGGGGACCACCAUUAUUGUUGGGGGUCUCGCCGUCGGACUUACCAAUCAACCUGACUAUUCACGGUUCGCGCGUCAUCCUGGGGAUCAAGUUUUCGGGCAAUGGUUCUCUAUCAUUACUUUCGGCACCAUUAUGCCACUAUUUGGAUGCCUUGCAGCUUCAGCAACCAUGAAGCUCUACGGCACAGCCAUGUGGAAUGCUCCGGUUAUACUGCAACAGAUUCUGGACUCGCAUUACGACUCCGGAAGUCGUGCGGCAAUCUUCUUCGCCUCUAUCGGACUGAUAGUUUGCCAGCUGGCAAUCACCACGGUCGACAAUGCAUAUUCGGCAGGAAUGGAUCUAGCUGGUCUCUUCCCGAAGUACAUCAACAUUCGCCGCGGUUGCUACAUAGGCCUCAUUGCCGCGUCCGCGAUGUGCCCAUGGGAACUUUUAUCUACUGCGGCGACUUUCACCAGUGUCAUGUCCGCCUAUGGGUUGUUUUUCGGCCCCUUGAUCGGAAUCCAGGUGUGCGACUACUUCGUCAUUCGUCACAGACGACACAAGCUAUCAGAUUUGUACACCCCAAGCAAGACUGGCAUUUACUAUUUCUGGAACGGUUUCAACUGGCGGACGUUUGUCGCUUGGGUCAUUGGUUGGGCACCACAAAUUCCCGGCUUCAUUGCUGAGGUGAAUCCCAAGGUGAAGGUUCCAAUUGCGUGCGUCAGAAUGUACUACCUUGCAUUUCCUCUCGGGCUUACAAUCAGUUUCAUGCUAUAUUGGUCUUUCUGCAAACUUUCGCCCCCAAUGGGAGCUGGCGAGAUAGACGAUAUUGAUUACUUCGGUACUUUCACACGUGAGGAGGCAGCUGAGCAUGGCAUGUCACCUCUGGAGCCAGUGGAAGGUGUGGAAUCUCCUAUUGGCAACACUACAGAUGAGGCAAAACAAGCUUCAGUGAAGGAAGUGUGA